ACCCCUGCUUCUCGCGCGCUCGUGCCGGUCGCCAUGUCCGCCUCCGUGCCCAUUCCCCAGGUGACUGAGUCGCCGGCAGCCGUGUCCUCGCCAGACUCAUCGCCUUCAAGCUCAACUUCAGCUUCGCCCGAUGACACCUCGGCCCCCCCGCCGCGGGUGGUGGCCGGCUUCGCUCUGCCCAAUGUGCUGAGCUCCAAGCCGGCAACCGGCCGGGGCAGCGCCUUUUCCCCGCUGGGCAAGGCGCCUGCCCCGGCCCUCGGGCCGGCCCCUCCCCCCACACAGAUGCACCUCUGUCAGGACACCGAGCCCCCGUUGCUGGCCCUGCCGAUGCCGAUCUUAGACACCCCGGCCACCCUGGCAUCCAUGGCGCCCCCGGUGCCGGGUCUCUCCGACCCCCUGGCCCAGUCGACCCUGCUGGCUGCUCAGCAGGCGGAGGUCUUCACCCAGCGCAUCCUGACCAUCCGCUUUUGCAAUAGCCUCCUCCGGUCCAACAGGGCGCGGGUUUUCCAGUUCCAUGUCGAUCCAUAUGCACCCGACCAGGCAGCCGAGGCGGACGGCCGUGCGGUGGCCUUUUGGCACGCGGCGGUCCAGUGUCUACUUGUCCCCUUCGAGACGGGGGCCGGGGCCACGACGUCUGCGGCUCGCUUUGAUGUCGGUCUGGCGACACUACGUGACCUGGCCAGUCGCCAUGUCGAUGCACGGGACUACCCGAGCUGCCCGCCGGCGCCUGGGGCCGAUCCACUGGCCCCGGUAGAUGCCCCCCUUGCCGGGACCCUGUCCCCGCCCUCGGAUUUCCUACACCCGCCGGGGGAAGUGCUCGGGACCAUGCGGCCCGGACUUGGCAGCCCAUUGGCCGUCGGAGCCGGCAUGCCAGGCGACCAAACGCACCCGCCCGCCGCCCCAUUGAGCUCGCUCUAUGUCAGCUCGGCUUCCUCCUUUUGCGCGUGGGACUUCGCCCUGGCCCUGGUGAACCCGGGGUACACCCUGCCCGAGGUCUUUGUGCGGACUUUCUCCGCCUCGGCCGGGCCCCCGGCAAAUGGCGCCUCGGCCAUGAUGGCCGCCUCCGCCACCUUGCCUCCGGCCGGCCUGCCGAGCACCUGGCUGACGGUCAGCCCGAUCCCCAAGAAGAUCGCCGGGGCCAUGGGGCCGCGCCUGCGGCACUCUCUUCUCUGGCGCGCGCUGACCACCACCCUUCGGCCAUCCAGUCUCAUCCAUCACAAGCUACCGGCGGAGAUUCCCCCGCGCGUGGCGCUCAUUCGCAUGCUCACCACGGAUGGACGCAAGCUCGGAGCCUCCGGGCCCACGGUCGGCCUGGUGCUGGCCCAAUGGCUGGACACCUGCCUGGCCAGCUACAUGGCCUGCCUUCGCCCGUGCUGCUCGUCCGGCAAUCUGAGCAGCCCCUCCUCGCCGCACCUUUCGCUCGGGGUACCGCAGCCGCCGGAUGCCUUGCUGGUGCUGGCGUUCCUCCUGGCGGCGGUGGUGCCGGUGGCCAAGUUUGGCCUGUCAGCGGCCGGCCCGCACGCGGCCAGCCGUCUGGUGGCCGCUGUGUCCGAGUGUCUCGGUGUCCUGGCGACCGACCUUUUCCUGGACUUCCACCACAGCCAGAGCACCAACAGCGCCGCGGGGGCUGAUCUCGCGGGGGCCACUCACACGCACCAGUCGUCUCUUCGUCUGCAAGCGGCGCGGCUCUGCCUGGACUUCCUGGACUCGACUGUCCGCUUCUCGGCCCUGCCUGCGCACUCUUUCGGCCAGGUGGUGGCAAGUCUCUGCACGGCCACCGGGUCGCCACUGCUCUCCUCGGCCGCCUGGCGCACUCUCUGCCUGCUGACCACGCGCUCGCACUUGUCCUUCAUCACACUGCGCUCCAUUUGCGACGGGGUCCUCGGCUUGGAUCUGCCAGGAAUGCUGAAGUCCUCCCAGCCACCGGACCAGCUGGCGCUCGAAUCCAACCUGCACCUGUCCUGCCUGUGGGCGCGCCGCGAAGCACAACGCUUGGUGACCCUGCGCGGGGCGGCCGGCGCCGUGACCGCGGCCGGUACGUAUGCUCGCGCGGACGAUGGGGCGGCUGGUGCCGGCGGGGUGGGCAAUGUCUCCGGCGGGCCCGGCGGUGCUGGCGGCCCUGGUGGCGGUCUGCUCGACCUUGGUGGUUCGCUGGACCUCGGUGGUGUCCCGGUCAGCGGGCCGGCGGCCGAUGCCGCUGGAUUCCUCCACACGGCCACCAAUGCGGCCGUUGUCAACAUGGUCAUUUCCUCGCUGGGUGCUCUGGCCCAGCGGCCGCGUUUCGCCCUGCCAGCCAGCUUCCUCAAGAAUGAAUGUUCGGGCGGCUGCCUCGCCGAGGUGUCGAUCUCCUGCCUGCUCAGUCGGCUGGAGCUGGCGGUCGACAUUGAAAGCAUGCAUGCUCUGUCGUUGGCCUUGGCCACCUUCGGCCAUGAGAUUACCUAUUCCGUGUGGGAUCAACAGCUGGUCCCUGCGCUGGAUGUCCUGUCCGGGCGCUGCGUGCGCAUGUCCUUCUCGCUGAAGCGCAAUGUCUCGCUGGAGGCGCUGCUGCGUCCGGCCGCUCGAGCUCUCCCUCCCAGUGGGGACUUCCGCCUGGUUACCAUCCUGCCAAUUGGGUGUCUGUAUCCGGCGCCAUGCGUGUGUCGGCGCUGCUUGGACCUGGCCGGCGAGGGGUCCCAUCCGGGGGACACCCAACGCCUGGCCCUGGGUGCCUAUCCGCUGGUCAGUUCACAUGCCGGCUGCCUGCCAUCGGUGUCCGGGAGCCUGCUCCUGUCGCCGGUGACCUUCGCGCAUCAAGGGGGUCCGCCUGGUGUCGGGGGGGCCGGCGCGUCCGACAAUCCCGUCGGCGUUCUGGGGCGCCUGGUGGCCGACAUUCAAGCGGUUGUUGGCCUCCGGCCCGGGCAAGAGUACUCCGGCCUGCUGGAGCGCGCCCUGCCUGGCGAAGUCCCGGGCGAGGAUCAUCCCGGGUCCCUGCUGGUGGCUGCCAUGAUGGCCCUGGUUGGCUGUCUGCCAUUGGUGGCAGGGGAAAAGCAAGCUGGCGACCGGUCGACCGAGUCGCCCCAAGGCAAUCCCGUCCGGCCUCCGACCGCGGCCCGUGCGGCACUGGCCCGCUUCUGGCAGACUGCCACCAGUGGCCCGCAUCCGGCGUCGGUCUUCCGCAAUGUCCUCCACUGUGCUUUCUCCCACUGCGAGGAAAUCCUUCCCCAUGGCUGGCACUUGCCGGCCGAUGCGCCGUACGAAAUCCUCCCCCGGGGUGGGGCCCUGGCAUCUGGCCAGGGCUCCGGGCCGGCAUCCGGCCGGACGCACUACUUCCCCGGCGACUCGCACUUGCUGCUGGAGCUCCUGGAGUUCAUCCGUCGCCGGUGGGAAUCGGCCGCUCGGCUGGAGGGCCUACACUCGGGCUUCCGGCUGGAUGAGCGCCUCACCCUGCGCUUGCUUCGGAGCCGGAUCCGCUCGGCGCACCCGGCCGACUCGCUGCUGACCGAGGACCCUUCGGUCGGCCUUGCGACACGGCCCGCGGGUGCGGGUCUCCCCGCCGCACCGGCCUCCUCGGAGCAGGCCGAUCAGAAGUGGCUUCAGGCGGUUGAAUCGUUGGCUCAAGACUUUUUUGAGCGUGACAAUCGCCCGGCAGUGCGGAGCAUUCUCCUUGAGGCGCUGGUCUUCUUGGACCGCAUGACACGCUAUGUCCACCCGGCGGCCCUGUCGGCUGGAGAUGCCUUCCUCUUCCGGGUCCUGCUUACCUCGUUGUCCGAAUGCCAGACCCAGCACGUCGCCACCAUCGGGUCCGGUCCCGCGGCAAGCACCGCGCCGCACAGUCUGCCAUUGGCCAUCAAGGCGUUGAAGCUGUGCGGGCGCUUUGCCCGACGCCUGUUGGUAGACAUUCGGCCUUGGUGGACGGCAUCGGCCGCAUCGCGCCCAACCCCGAGGGGCCCCACCGAGGGCGACGCACCCCCUAUUGCAUCGGGGCCGGCGCCGCCACCCAGCAGCCCGGCUGCCAGCCCCCCGAAGGAAGCAGCUGGCAAGUUCCUGAAGCUCCGAGCAACGGUCGGCUCGCCGGGGAGCGUCUUCUCAGGCAGUCCACCCACCUCCGGGGCCAGCACCCCGACCGAGCUGUCGGCUUCCUCUUCGGAGGGCCUGCUGUCGGCAGCCAGCGGGGGGUUCGAGUCCGACGAGGACGCCGUGGACGCCGGGCUUUUGGCCGAUGGCCCUGGGCGCGAUUCGUCCCCGGCUGACCCGGCCCUGGUGGGCCUCUGUCGGUUGUUGGACUUCAUCUGCCUGGCGGCUCUCUCCCGGGUGCCGGUGUUCUCCCAGCUGGCGGUCUUCCUGCUGACGUCGCUGCUACACACGGCUGUGCUCGGUGUGCCGCAAAAGGUCUUGGCCCUGCCGCCGGCUGGGCAGCAUGAAAAUGCGGCUCAAAUGCACCAGACCGUGCUGGAGGCCGUACAAGGCAGCGCCGAGUACAGCGGUGCCUCGGCCAUUGCCACGUCGGCUGUCCUCCGACGAAUCCUGCGCAUCGGCGUGGAUGGGCGCUUGCCCAUCAAGCAUCUGGUGCAUCUGUGGGAUGCGGUGGGUUCGGUUCGCGCGCGCACCUGUGGCCGGGUGUACUUCGCCGGGCCGACGCAUCUGUGGUAUGAUCCGACGGUCUUCGAUUACUCGACCGCCUUUUUUGACUUCCCGCAGCAGCAGGCCGCCGAGCCGGCCGGGCCCGGCCCCCGGGCCUGGCCACUCUGCUCGUCACGCGUGUUUUCCUUCGUGCCACAGGUGUAUGUCGAUCGGGUGCAGGGGCUACUCUUGCUGGAGGGUGGCGCUUCUCCGACGGCCGUGGCCGGUGGCGGGCCCGACCUCCGCCGGCACUGGCUCCCCCCGCUGUUCCCCUUCGCGGCGUACAUCCGAGCCAUCAUCGGGCUCCAGGCGACCGGGCGCCAGGGUGGGCUGUCGGCCGACACCCUGGAUGCCGGGACCAUCGCCCGUGGCGGCAGCCUGGCCAGCCUGACACGGGCCGACUUGCGAGACCCUCGGCGCAUGGCCCAAAUCCUGCGCCAGGGAUACACCCCUCUGACCGGCUCGGCACGCGUGGCCGUCCUGCAUUCGGCCAUCUUGCCGGCCCUGCGGCGACAGCUCCUCUGCCGGGCCCUGUGGACCGAUCGAACGGUGCUGACCUCGCAGGCUCCCCUGUGGGCCGGGAUCGGCCGUGCCCUGGCCCCGGCAGCCGAGGUUCGCCUUCGGCGCUUCCUCCUCCAACAUGAAGUUCCCUUCGGGGAGCUGGUGACCUUCCUCUGCGCGCUGGCGGUCGAAUCGCCGGAACGCAGCCUGCCCGCCGGGUCACCUGCCUGGACUCCCGGUGGGCCGGCUCCCUCGGCGACGAGCGGCCCUUCGGCCGGUGCCGGGCCGGUGGCCGCCGCCGGGUCCACAUCCGCAGCCAGCCGGAUUGACAUCACCGCCCUCUGCCUGGACAUCCUUGGGGCCGGGUUGACUUUGCACCGAUCGCGUCUGUCGCGCACCGAUCGGCAAUUGGCCCUGCAGCUGGUUGCGCAGCAUGGCCUUCGCCAUUCGAAUUUGGCGGUGGCCGCGGCGUCGGUGCACUCGCUGUCACUGGCCACGGCGCAUGAGCCGCGCGGUAGCCUGACCGCCGCGGCCACUCGUCGCGAAGCGCUGGAAGCCUCGGCCAAGGCCGGGUCACGCGGUGGCCUCCGGGCCGCGGUGGCCGAGGCCCUGACCAGCGCCGCGGAGGCGGCCUGGCCGGCUCCCGACAGCUUGGCCGACACUCUCCAUGCGGGUCGAACGCAACUGGCUCCAGGUGGGCCGGAAGGGGCGACCACCGGGCCCAGUGGCCCGGCCUCGGCCGGUGCCGGCGGCCCCAGCGACAGUGCCGACCAGGCCGAUGAGGCCGAUGUCCGUGUGGCCGUUGGAGUGAUCUUGCGCAUUUUGACCGCCUCGGCGGCGGUGUCGACGACUCCGGCCUCGGGAGAUGUGCCGGCUCCGGGGCCCGGGGCCACAGCCGCCGGGGCCCGUGGCUCGGUCGACCAAGCCCUGCUAAUGUCGUACUAUGCCCAGCAGCAGGCCUUCCGGGCUCUGGUUGCCUGGUUUUCCGGGGGCCUGCGCACGCGGGCCGCUCGUCGUCGCGUGGCUUCGGACAUUGUGGCCGGCCUGCUGCGGUCCCUGCCGAGCGACGGGUCCACCCCUUCGGCGCAGCUUCGCUGGGACUUUGUGCAUGCGGCGCUGGACCUGGUGGUCCGGCUGUCGGACUCGGCGACCGAUCAGCCGCCCCCGGGAUCCAUGCGUGCGGCCGAUGCUCUGGUUGGGUCGCAUGAGGAUCUGGACCGGGGGUGGUCCAGUGGCCGGACCUCGCUGUGGCACUAUGGCACCUCCAUCAUCAGUGUCACGGCCAUCGGGCCUGCCCCAUGCUCAGGGACAUGUGACUGCCGGGCGGUACUGCAUGCUGGUGCUGGGAGUGCCUCCCCUCGGCAAGGCUGCGGGGCCAAUGGCCAACUGGUGGAAUUCAUCAUUCGCCAGCCAUCGGCCACCCUGCGGUACAUUUGCAAGGCCCUUGGACCGAUGGAUACCGGCUUGCCGGAGAUUGUCCUCCCCACGAGUGGCAGCUCUUCGCACACCGACUGGAAUUUGCCGCCGUCCUUCCAUCUCCUGCAUUUCCUGUCACCCUACCCGGCGAUUGGUCGGUCGCCGCCGACGCUGCUGUCUUCGGGCACCGCGGCACGCCGGGCCAUUGGCAUCCUGGAUCUCGUGCCGAGCAUCGAGCUGCACAAGAUUGGCGUCGUCUACAUCGGCCGUGGCCAGGAGAAGGAGGAUGAGAUUUUGGCGAACCCGGCUGGCUCGGCAGCCUACUUGCGCUUUCUCCUGUCGCUUGGCCGGCUGAUUCGGCUGAAGGGUGCCCGCCUGGCUACGGGCGGGCUGGACACCCAUGGAGACUUCGAUGGUCGCUGGGCUUUGGCCUGGGGGGCGCCCACUUCCGGCGGGUCGUCCAUUGCUGCCGGGGCCCAGUGCAUCUUCCAUGUGGCAACUCUUAUGCCGAGUGACCCCAAUGACCCGUACUCGUGGGUCAACAAGAAGCGCCACAUUGGGAAUGACCAUGUCGUGGUGGUUUUUGAUGAAUCAGCCUCGCGACUUCCCUGUCCUGGUGCUGGGCUGUGCCCGUACUUGGCGGCUGGCCGGGGGCCAGUCGACGCGGGGCCCGGCUGCCCGGGCGGCUGCGACGACGAAGAUCUCGGCGACUGGACAUCCGACGAUGAAGAGGAUGCCGGGCAGGCCCAGCCAGCCCGUGGCCCGGAGCAGCGUGACAAACCGGGCCCUGGCCCAGCCGGGCCGGCUCCACGGCGCCCGCCGGCACGCGUGCGCUCCUUCCCACCUCGGACACGCCCCUUCGAUUUGGACACCCUGCCUGGUCAGUUUGGCCAUGUGGCUAUUGUCAUCCGUCCGGUGGGUGACCUUGAGGCGAGCCUGGCCCCGGCGGCCGAGCCGCCAGCCGGUCUUGGCGGGGCGCCAGAUGAUGCGCUGGAUUUGCGCAGCCAAUUGUCCUCAUCGGCGGCUUGCUCAUCGGACCGGUGGUUCCGGGUGAGUGUCCUGCGUAAGCCGGGAAUCCCGGCUUUCGGGGCAUUUACCGCGCCUCGGAUGGUCUCGGAGAAGGCCCUCCCCGCGGUGGUCCGAUCGACGGCCAUGCAGGCGAGCCUCAUCUCCCAGCUGUUCUGGGCGGCCUCCUCGGCCAGCGGCAAAUCCGAGGAAGAGUCCCAGAAGCUGGGGCACUUGGCCGAGCGGGUUCGCUUGAUCCGGCGCAUUGGCGAGCGCUUUGCGGCCCCGGCUCCGGCUCCAGCUGGAGCGACAUCUGCCCCACUGGGAGCCGGGUCGCCGGUGCCCAGCCGGUCUGUGUCGGCUGACCAUCCACCUGGCACUGGCUUGCCGGGCUCCGGGGCCGAUGAUGCCGGUACUGCGUCGACCAAACCCACGCGCCGGGGUCUCGGGCAGGUGGCCCACUUCACCGCGUAUACGGACUAAAAAUGUCCCUCCCCCCGGUGGCAACACACCGAGAUGCAUCGUGAUAAAGACGCGACUUUUGGCGAAAUCGCCCAACAGAGAGAUGUAUUGUUGGAGGCUUGGUCCA